GGAAGAGCCGUAAGGAAAGGCGGAAUGGUGCCAGAUGCAGAUCCUCUGCUUUAGGAACAGCUCCUCUGUCCUGGCAUCCUGCAAGGCAGUCUCCUCAAACUUGAACGGGCACGGGAGUUACCUUGGGGAUCUUGUUUAAAUGCAGAUGCUGGUCCGGACUGGCUGGGACAGAAGCUCUGCAUUGCGACAAGCCCCUAGUCAUGCCAAUGCUGCUGGCCUUGGGUUACAGAGCACCCCGGUGACCCCUGAGUGAGUUAGGGUAAGAGAGAUAGAGAGAAGGGAAAGAAUCCAGAAGCACAUUCUCUCCUGCAUGUAAAUAGAGAGAGAAGGCGGGAAGCCACACAUGUUCUUUGUUCAUUUACUACCCCACUUCGUCCGACUCCCAGACACUCAGCAUUGCUGCAGUUUCCCUGGAGCACCUGCAGGCAGACGGGCUGCUCUGCUGCACCGAUACCAGCGCAACUGGCAGGGGCUGGGGGACGUGAGGAGCGCGAAUGGGCAGAGCAGAGUCUCUCGAAGGGAAGAUGAGCACCCAGGAUCCUUCAGAUCUGUGGAGCAGAUCAGAUGGAGAUGCUGAGCUGCUUCAGGAAUUGGGGUGGUAUCACGGCAACCUCACACGUCAUGCAGCCGAGGCUCUUCUCUUCUCAAACGGAUGUGAUGGAAGCUACCUUCUGAGGGACAGCAAUGAACGGACCGGGCUGUACUCUCUCUCUGUGAGAGCCAAAGACUCUGUCAAACACUUUCAUGUUGAAUAUACUGGAUAUUCAUUUAAAUUUGGCUUUAAUGAAUUCUCAUCUUUGAAGGAUUUUGUCAAGCAUUUUGCAAAUCAGCCUUUGAUUGGAAGUGAGACAGGCACUCUGAUUGUCCUGAAACACCCCUAUCCGAGGAAAGUGGAAGAACCUUCCAUUUAUGAGUCUGUCCGGGUUCACACAGCAAUGCAGACGGGAAGAACGGAGAAUGACCUCGUGCCCACUGCACCUUCUCUGGGCACCAAAGAAGGUUACCUCACCAAACAGGGGGGCCUGGUCAAGACCUGGAAAACAAGAUGGUUCACGUUGCACAGGAAUGAACUGAAAUACUUCAAAGACCAGAUGUCACCAGAACCAAUUCGGAUCUUAGACUUGACAGAGUGUUCGGCUGUACAAUUUGAUUAUUCACAGGAAAGGGUAAACUGUUUUUGCUUGGUGUUCCCAUUCAGGACAUUUUAUCUCUGUGCAAAGACAGGAGUAGAAGCUGAUGAGUGGAUCAAGAUAUUACGCUGGAAACUGUCUCAAAUAAGAAAGCAGCUCGACCAAGGGGAAGGCACAAUCCGAUCCCGGUCAUUCAUCUUUAAAUAGACCUUUCCUGACCAAGGAUGUCCUGACUCAGGAGCAGGGUGGCAUGGUCCUUGAUGCUGUGAUCCACAGCAGGCUUCAGAGGAAAGCUGACUAAGGAUUUCUCUUUCAAAACAAAGCAAAAGCAGAUGCGGAUUUGGACUUUUCAGAACACACAUUUGCUGACUCACAGGUCACUGCUUGCCCUUCAAGAUGUUGUCGUCUUCUUGAGAAUAUCAAAGCAUCAUCGUUCUGAUGAAAACGGAUGGAACCACCAGCCCAGGCAUGCUCACUCAGAAUGCCCAAUAGAAGAUAAAGGGAUCUUGUUUUCCCUCACUGUGGUCCUCAAGCUGGUUGACAUUAGUUGCCUAGAGUCCCAUUCUGCCUUACAGUCAGCUCAUCUGACAUCCAGGUUGUGCCAUCAACCAGGAUGGGAACAGCUGUGUACCUUGACUGCCUCUACAUCAAGUGUAUGGAAAUAGCAAACACCAAAGAUGGGGGGAGGCAGUGUUAUUUUUGCUUGUCUUUUCUCUUCAUACAGAAACAAUUUCCAAAACUAAAAUGGGAAAUGUUGGCAGUUAUUUAUUUUCUCUUCAUAAAAGGCUCAGAAAUCUAGAGGGUCCUUCCCUCCCUUCUAAUGAUAAACCUGUGAGAAUUAAAUAUCCUGUGGACUAUCAGGUAGGAUAAUAAAGGAAGGUAAAACCUAAAAAAAAUAUCUCUUCAUCAUUUUGGGGGGCAAUGUUUUCAAGAGUAAGAAAACAAAUGAGGAAAGAUAAUAAAAUAGUAGAUGACUUGUAGUUUAAUAAUAAUAAUUGGCAUUUUUAUCACUCUAACAAUAAUAGAGCACUUGUAGCACCAAUUUGACUUCAUCCAACACUUCUGCCCAUGGAUUGAGAGACUUCUCAAGCAGAGAAGAGUGUGCUAUGGCAAUCUCUUCCCCAGGGUGAGCUGUCCACACUGGCCCAGGGGAAGUAAGAAUCACCUUGCAUUGAUUUCACUGAGCACCCUGAGCCUCAUUCAAGAGCAACUUCUGUUGCCAGUUAAAGGAGCAACACUAAAUCCACUCAAAAUAUAUGAUGAUGUGUUACUCCACAUUUUCAAGCUAGAAUCACGGGGUUGAAAUAAGAGAACAAGAUGCUGGCAUCCAGAAUUCAUAAUUAGAUUCGAAUCCCUCCUCUUAUCUUUAUUAAUAUUGCUUUUUUAGUAGAAGUUUUAUAGGUAGGAAGAGAGAUAAAAGUGGAGGGAGACCCCAAAACUAAAAAGAGUAUGGUGCAAAGCUAUGAUCUAACACUGCUUUUGCAGUCCAAGUGCAUACCUUGAUCAAUACAUUUCUUCUGUUACUUAGACACCCAGGACUCAGAAGUUACAUUACAUUUUUGUAUACUUCAACAAGGUUUUUAAUGUAUUUUGUUAUGUGUAUCAUAUGAGAUAAAGCAAAUGUCAAGUUAAAAUGUUUUAUGUCAGUUUCACAAAGGAGUCCCAAAUGAAUCCCCACUGAGGUGUGUGGUGCGUGUUUUGUUUUCGUAGAACCAAGAGUUUUUCUUUGCGUAGGUCAUAUUGUUCUUACUUUUUGUAAAAUGUGCCAUGUUUAUUUAUAUUCUUUGGUUAAGUUUAUUAAAAAGAGCAUUUUGUUGUGCCUGUAAUAUUUUGCUAUUAAAAUAUAUUCUUACUAUCUGUAAUUUAAAAAGAAAUAGAACCGAUCACUGUCAUAAA